AUGGCAACCCGUUCCCGGCCGCCCUCUCGUGCCCGCUCCCCAAUCAAUCAAGGAGAGCUGGGACCCCACCUUCCGGCAACCCCCUAUGACGAACUCGGGGAAGUCUCCCUUGAGCGAAUCACAAGGCUCCUCCUCGGCCUCCUUGGCCAGGUUGAGAACCUUGAACGGAAGGUUGAAGAAGUCCGAGAAGCAGGAGUCAAGGCCCGAACCAACCUCGAAAACAUCUCCCAGGCGGUCGAUGUUGUCAAGGAUGGGCUUAAAAGCCUCCAGCUCCACGGGCCCCGCACCCCCAAAGACACCAAACCCCCGGUCGUGGAAGCAACGCCACGCCCCUUACCCAAAGCCGACCCUAUUGGAUCGACUAGUCGGGUGUCCUUCUGGGCUGAACCAUCCAAGGCCCCCAUUGUCUUUGCCCAGCCCACACCGGUCCGAGCACCACCCCCGCGAGUCCCUUCUCCCCCUAUCUCUCCGCGUCUCCAAUCCCCCAUUGGAGCAUCUGCCCCUCCACCUCCGGCUCCAGUCGCCGCCUAUCCCGCUCCGGUCAAGGUUGACCACCCCGACGCCUACACAGGCAAAAUAGGGAGCAAAGCAAAGCAAUGGCUGACCCGGAUGUUGGCCUGGACCCGCCUUAACUCGCGGAUGUUCCCCUCCGAUCAAGAGGUCCUAUCAUUCCUCUUGAUGAACAUGAAGGACACCGCCGGGGCUUGGGCCCACCCUCACCUCGACCAGCUUGGAUCACAUUGGGCUAUCAUUCAAACGGUCGAAGGUUUCAAGUUGGAAUUCCUGGCAGCAUUCGGCGACCCUGAUGCCACAAGGGCCGCCGAGCAGAAAAUUACAACACUCACCCAGUCCGGCACCUGCGCGGACUACAUUACUAAGUUCAGAACCCUUGCUAUGGAACUGGACUGGAACGACGCGGCCCUUAGAGGCCAGUUCGCCCGUGGCCUCCAUUGGGAGGUCAGCCGCCAAAUCGCAACCCGCGAACACCGCCCCUGUACUCUCCUCGAGCUGCAAAAUGCAGCACUCGUCAUUGACAAUGCUCUCUGGGAAGAGCAAGCUAGCCAUCCGCCAAAGGAUAAUAAGUCUAGCCGACCAUCCAACCCCGCAAGGGGGACGAGUACCGGCCAAUCAAGUUCCGGUUCAAAGAAACUAUCCGACGACCCCAACUUCGUGUCGGAAGAGGAACGCAAUCGCCGCUGUGCCGCAGGCGCCUGCAUCAAGUGCGGCAAGAUGGGCCAUAAAUUCGCGGAAUGCCGCACGGGCUGGAAGGCCACCCCUAUUGAGGAAAAGGGGAAGGCGAAGGAAUCCGCCAAAAUUGGCAAAGACUCUGAGUCCCAAGCGGGAAAAGAAAAUCAACCCCUUUUCACUAUUCCAAUCAAACCAGACAAAGCGGAACACUUAGAAGUCCUGAUUGACUCAGGCGCCACAUCCUCUUUCAUGAACCCUCGCACCGCGGAAUCACUCCGCCUCCCACUCAUUGACCUUCCCACCCCACGUACCGUUACUAUGCUCGAUGGGUCGAGCCCCCAGGCUGGCAAGAUCUGGAAGAAGGCUAAUCUUACCUUCACCCUUGAUGGCAAACGAAUGACUGAGACCUUCCUAAUCUGCAACACAGGGUCCCACACCGCCAUCCUAGGGUUAAAGUGGUUAGAUGCCCACAACCCGGAGAUUGAUUGGAAUCAGCGAACCCUCUCCUUCCCUCACGCGCCACCAGAACAAGUUGCCAUUGCCGAGGAAGAAGAAGCUGACAAAACCCCUCUUGAAGGAGUACCCUCCAAGUACCAUCAAUACGCCAAGGUAUUUGGAGAGGAAGAAUUCAACAAGCUUCCCCCUCACCGGCACUAUGACAUUGGUAUUGAACUUACGGAAGAAGGCCCGCUCAACUCUCCUUUGUAUAGCAUGACCGAUGCCGAGUCCGCCACGUUGAAAGACUGGCUCAGGGACGAGCUCAAAGCUGGGAAGAUCCGUCCCAGUAAAUCAUCAAUCAGCUCCCCGGUUAUGUUUGUACCCAAGAAGGAUGGCUCCCGCCGCCUUGUAGUAGACUACCGACGCCUCAACAACCGGACUAAGAAGAAUGUCUACCCACUACCCCGUCCAGAUGACCUCAUGGCCCAGCUCCGUGGCGCCAAGGUCUUCACCAAACUAGACCUGAGAUGGGGUUACAACAACGUCCGGGUAAAAGAAGGUGACGAGUGGAAAACGGCUUUCCGCACUAAGUACGGCCUAUACGAGUCCCUGGUCAUGACAUUUGGUUUGACAAACGCCCCUGCCGCCUUUCAACACUUCAUGAACGAAUUGUUCAAAGACCUCCUGGAUGUAUGCGUCAUCAUCUACCUUGACGACAUCCUAAUCUACUCAAAGGAUGACGCAACCCAUACUCAGCACGUCCAUGAGGUCCUACGGCGCUUAAUGGAAAACCAAUUGUUCUGCAAGGCAUCCAAGUGCACGUUCCACGUCACAUCGGUGGAAUACCUAGGAAUAAUCGUAUCGGACAAGGGUUUCAGCCUGGAUAAGCUCAAAAUCCAGGCAGUCCAAGAGUGGCCCACGCCCACUAAGGUUAAAGAAGUCCAAUCAUUCCUAGGGUUCGCCAACUUCCUCUGCCGGUUCGUCGCCAAUUUCAGUCACAUUGCCAGGCCGUUGCACAAUUUGGUAAAAAAGGACACUCCAUGGAAAUGGGAUACCAAGGAACAGGAGGCCUUUCAGGCCCUUAAGGACGCCAUCACCAAUGCCCCGGUUCUCUGCCACGCCAACCCAACAAAGCCUUACUUCCUGGAAACAGACGCAUCAGGAGCAGCCCUGGGGUCCAUACUCAGUCAGCAACAGGAAGACGGCCGCCUACACCCCUUAGGGUUCCUUUCGGAAUCAUUCAAAGGUGCCGAACAAAACUAUGACACCCACGAUAAGGAACUCUUGGCAAUCAUAAGGUCGUUUGAAUACUGGCGUAUCUUCCUGGAGGGGACCCUACAUCCCAUCACCGUCUUCACAGAUCACCGGAACUUGGAAUACUGGAAAGAGUCCCGCACCUUCAACCGUCGUCAUGCCAGGUGGCACUUACUCCUUGCCGGUUACAACUUCCAGAUUGUCUAUUGUCCAGGAAAACAGUCCGGCAAACCUGAUGCUCUGUCCCGCAGAUCCGACCAUGCCGAUAUUCCUCCUGCAAACCAGACAAUGCUGCCCGACCCCGUAUUUGCUAACGUAGCCCUGGUAACUCCCGAAAAGGAACUCCAACGUCAAAUAGAAUCUGCCCUAGACCAAGACGAAUCACUGGAGGAGAUACUACAAUUCCUCCAGAACGAGUCAAAGGCGCCCCCCUCAAUCAAGCGGGCGUUCAAGGAUUAUCAGAUGGAAGCCGGGUUACUAUUCUAUCAAGGUCGCAUUGUGGUCCCAGACGUCGGAACGCUAAGGACUGAUCUACUUCGUAUCUUCCACGAUAGUCCCUUGGCAGGGCACCCAGGAAGGCAACGCACUCUGGAGCUGCUCUUGCAAAACUACUAUUGGCCUGGCAUUUGUGCAGACACCUACUGGCACGUUGAUUCUUGCGAAACAUGCCAACGAAUCCAAAAACCAAAAUAUGCGUCCAUUCCCCCUCAACCAUUGGAAUUACCAUCACGGCCUUGGCAACAUGUGUCCUAUGACAUGAUAGUGGACCUACCCAAGGACGGAAGCAAUGACUCCAUUUUGGUCAUUGUGGAUAGUUUUACUAAAUACGUAAUCCUGGUCGAAUGCUCCAAGAAACUCAAGGCCCCGGAAUUGGCAGACCUGUUUUUACGACACGUGUGGAAACGUUAUGGCAUGCCCGAAAAGACGGUAUCGGACCAAGGGAGGGUGUUCAACAAUAAAUUCCUAAGGGCCCUGUACCAGCGCCUGGGAAUAGACCCCCACUUCUCUUCAGCCUACCACCCACAAAGCGAUGGACAAACUGAGCGCGUAAACCCUACGGUCGAACACUUCUUACAGGCUUAUUCAGGGAUCAACCAGAAGGACUGGGUAAAAUGGUUACCAAUGGCGGAGUUUGCCUAUAACAACGCGAUUCAUAGCGCCACAGGAAAAACUCCGUUUAAGGCACUUUACGGUUGGGAACCUGUACUCACACCAAGCAACAUCCUGACAGACGUCCCUGAAGCAGACGAUCUAGCCACUCAGAUGGAAGCACAAUGGCGGGAAGUAGAAGCAGCACUUCGGCAGUCAAAAACACGUAUGACAGCCGGAGAAACAGGAGAACCCCCAAUCUUUGAAAUCGGUGAAGAAGCCUGGCUAGACGCCAAAAAUGUGAAGCUAAAGACCCUGAGUCCCAAGCUAACAGAACAACGGCUAGGCCCUUUUAAAAUAACCGAGAAAAUCUCCGACCGCGCAUACCGCCUGGAGCUUCCGCCGUCCAUGAGGAUCCACGACGUCUUUUAUGUAGGACUGUUAUCCAAGGUCAAACGUGACAAAAACCAAGCCUUUGAGAACCGCCCCCCACCUGUUACUGUGGAUGGGGAAGAGGAAUACGAGGUGGAAGGAAUAACCGACGCGGAAGAACGAAAUGGAAAAUGGUUCUUUAGGGUGAAAUGGAAGGGCUACAGAUCAGAAGAAAACACAUGGGAACCCCGGGAAAACCUAAAAAACGCGGGUAAAAUUUUGAAGAAGUACAAGGAAGAAAUGAAGAAGAAGGCCCUCGGCGCUGCCAAGGCCCUUAGAGGGGGGGCAGUGUCGUAG